AUGGAUUCUGCUGUUAGUAGUGCUCUGGAGGAAUGGAAUUCUGUCAGGAAAUCGAUUGACGAACGAAUCGAAGCUCUUAUUCGGAACGAACAUUUUCUCGGGGACGUGUACCAUGGAAUCUCCAGUACUGCAAGUUACUCUUUUCUCCUUCCCUCGGUGACACAAGUGGAGAACAUGAUUAAAAAGCACUUUGGUCAGGCUAUGGAAGUAACACUACUACGCGGUGAUGGUAUUCGUCUGCCUGUGCUGGUUCCCAUCAGUGCUCGGGUACUGGAUUUACGACGUGCUAUUCAGGAGGUAAUUUUGUCCUAUCUGAAUAGAUGUUUGUUCAAUGGACCUGGCCCUCGUGAAUCUACAGAGAAGAGAGAAAAACCAAUCACCGGGGAGGCAUUUGACCUUAUCCGCAGAGAACAACCAGAGGCUGAAGCUCGUUUAAGUUUACGGUUCACCUCACCACGAUUUCUUAGCUGGCGGAGUAUUUGGAGGACUCAGUGCUUAGCAUGGGUGACACCCAGCUCAACACAGUUGACGCUUGGUCGGUCUUCGGUUGUUCGUGUAUUGGAUGAUCUCCGCAUGCCACUACUGGAUACGGGCAUUCGAAAUGGCGCUACCAUAUCUUUUGUAAGCAAACUCAAAAAAAAGUAG